CAUCAAAGAUGUCAAUAUUUUGCACAAAUCUCCUGUUCAAAUUGUACGGUGUGAUUCGUCACGGUUAAGUCCGGGCAGCAAUUUAUGGUGAGCAGCACUCCACCGUCGGCAUCCCCCCGAUUCGUCUCCUGUGCGCCGAAGAGGAGGGCGGAGAGACCAUGGCUUCUUUGGCACUCCCCUCCGUGACGGCUACACGAGCUGCAAAGCCCGGUCCUCCCCCGGCUCUCUCACCUCCCACGCCCAAUUCGGUCAGAGCCGUCAUCUUCUCCCAGUCCUUGGAGACAUCGAGAACAGCUCUCCGUUGCCGAAUCAACAAGGGUCGCCAAUUUUCCUCACGGCCACUGCGGAAUCCGUCAGCCGUCGCGGAGCAGUCAGCCACGAUUGUAGCGGCCGUGAAAACUGAGGAGCCCUUGAAGGUUAUGAUAUCCGGAGCUCCUGCAUCUGGGAAGGGAACACAAUGCGAGCUCAUCAAGAAGAAGUAUGGGUUGGUUCAUAUAGCUGCAGGGGAUUUGCUUAGGGCAGAAAUUGCAUCUGGGACUGAAAAGGGGAAGCUUGCCAAAGAGUACAUGGAGAAAGGGAUGUUAGUCCCUGAUGAAAUUGUUGUCAUGAUGGUGAAAGAACGCCUUCUCCAACCAGAUGCUCAAGAAAAUGGUUGGCUUUUAGAUGGAUACCCAAGAAGUUUCUCACAAGCAAAAGCUUUAGAAGAUCUUGGAAUCCGGCCUGACAUUUUUAUUCUUUUGGAAGUUUCUGAAGAAGACCUUGUCGAGCGAGUGGUUGGCAGAAGGCUUGAUCCUGUUACUGGAAAAAUAUACCACCUAAAGUACUCUCCACCUGAGAAUGAAGAAAUUGCUGCAAGGCUUACACAGCGUUUUGAUGAUACUGAAGAGAAGGUAAAGUUGAGAUUGCAGACUCAUCACCAGAAUGUUGAAGCUGUACUUGCAACGUAUGAAGACAUUACAGUCAGGAUAAAUGGAAGUGUUGUCAAGGAAGAUGUGUUUGCUGAAAUAGACAAGGCAUUGUCUUCAGUGAUCGAGAAGAAACCAACAAGUAGUUCUGCAUCCAUGGCUGCUGGUGUAACUCAUUAGAUAUGCAAACAAACAGUUGAGGAAAGAAGCAUUACCGUUUGCUGUUGUAAGUCUGUAUUAAACUCGUGUAUCCUCUAAAAGAAAGCUUUUGCAGAAUUCUUUUGUAUUUUUCGACUCAUCCGAUAUCUUUUUGAAUUGAAACACAAUGAGAUCAUUCAUGUGCAUUGGCAUCCUUCAAACAAACAA